ACCCGACCCAUGGCUGCCCGCAGGAUCCCGGCCCCGGCCCCGGCCCCGGCCCCGGCUCGGCCGCGGAGAGCCCGGCGGAGCUGAGCCCCCCCGGCCUCGAAGGGGAGCCCCACCACGGCGCGUACACCACCUUCAUGAAGUCCCAUCGCUGCUACGAUCUGAUCCCCACCAGCUCCAAACUGGUCGUUUUCGACACCUCCCUGCAGGUGAAGAAGGCUUUCUUCGCGCUGGUCACCAACGGCGUGCGGGCCGCCCCGCUGUGGGACAGCAAGAAGCAAAGUUUUGUGGGUGAGCGAGCGGGACAGGGGGGUCCCGGAGGGGGGGGGGGGGUCCCAGGGGGGGCCGGUGGGACCCCACUCACCCAGACCACCCCCCCAGGCAUGCUGACCAUCACCGACUUCAUCAACAUCCUGCACCGCUACUACAAAUCGCCCAUGGUGCAGAUUUACGAGCUGGAGGAGCACAAAAUAGAGACGUGGAGAGAGGUUUACCUCCAAGACUCCUUCAAGCCGCUGGUCUGCAUCUCCCCCAACGCCAGCCUCUUCGACGCCGUUUCCUCCCUGAUCCGGAACAAGAUCCACCGUUUACCCGUCAUUGACCCCGACUCGGGGAACACCCUCUACAUCCUCACCCACAAACGCAUCCUCAAAUUCCUCAAACUCUUUAUAGCAGAGGUCCCAAAACCCGAGUUCAUGGCCAAGACGCUGGAGGAGCUCCGCAUCGGCACCUACAGCAACAUCGCCGUGGUGCGGACCAGCACCCCCAUCUAUGUGGCGCUGGGCAUCUUCGUGCAGCACCGCGUGUCCGCGCUGCCGGUUGUCGAUGAUUCGGGGCGGGUGGUGGACAUCUACUCUAAAUUCGAUGUUAUUAACCUGGCGGCUGAGAAAACCUACAACAACCUGGACGUGACGGUGACGCGGGCGCUGCAGCACCGCUCCCACUACUUCGAGGGCGUCCUCAAGUGUUACAAGCACGAGACGCUGGAAACCAUCAUCAACCGCCUGGUCGAGGCCGAGGUUCACCGGCUGGUGGUGGUGGACGAGAGCGACGUGGUCAAGGGCAUCGUCUCUCUCUCGGACAUCCUGCAAGCCCUGGUCCUCCCGCAGGGCCCCUGAGGGGGUGGUGAGGGAGGGGGGGGGGGGUUCAGCCCCUCCUGGCACCACCACUCCCCCCCCACCCUCGUCUUCCUCUCCUGCCACGCUGUGCCCCGCCCCUACCCAGGGCUGGCGGGGACAGCCAGAGCGGGACCCCCACUCACCAGCAGCAUCCAGCAAUAACCUCCAGCUGUGGGGCAGCCCCACACUGCCCUUUCCUGGGGUGGGGAGAGCCCAGGGCUCCCCCCACACUGUACCCUGCGCCCCGAGGCUGAGGUGGCCGGGCUGGUGGGGGGCAGCUCCCAUGCACCCCCCCCCCCACCCUGGGGUGCAGGGCCAGGUUCAGCCACCCCCGGGCCAGGGCUGUUCCCUGUGCGGACCCUCAUCCCACCCUUCAACGUGGGAUUUCACUGAGUUUGGUUUUAAUCGCCCUCACUCAGCUCUAUCCGGCCCUUGGGCCCCCCGCCCCGGGCCCCCCCACCCCACCGUGCCCCCCGCCAGGCCCCGUCUGCACCUGCCACUGCUUCGUGUGUGGAGAGAAACCGCGAAUAAACACAGACCUGGCACAAA